AUGACGACCGUCGCGGUCGCCUUGAAGCCGAUCGCCUUGGCUCCCCGCACGCUCGGACACAGCUACACCGAGAUACAUCGCUUCUUCACCAAACUCGGUCAUCAACAGCCACACUUUCAUUCGUCGUCCACGCCCCGCGAUGCUCUACACCAUCCUCAGGGCUGGACGAAGGCGUCACAUCGACCCGGCACACUCGUUCGACUAGCUUCCAGUCGACCCUCAGUCGCCUCGAUCUCUACGUCGGCGACCUGGAAACGAGCCUACACGUCGUGCCCAUCACCCAAAUGUCCUCAAAAUGCGGCAAAUGCUUCUGCUUCUGCUUCUUCGUCGACAUCCUCAUCCACGGAUUCGCCGAAUACACCCUACUACCCUAGCCAGGACAAAGGCCCUCCACCCCCACCACCAGCAGCGACGACCCCCUCGACGGCCCUAUCCAAGCCUACACCCCAGAUUCCGACAGCGCUUCCAAAGUCCUCACCGUCCUACCUUUCGUCCUUACCAGCCUCGUUGCGUCGACUUGCCGUCACGCUCCCUUCCUAUGCACCGGGUCGACCUCCAUCGCGCGAUCAGCUGCUCGAGGUGACCCACGGCUUCUUUGAGCGUCUGCGCAUCCGCUUCAAGUGGUUGACGAUCCGCUCCUACCGUCACUUCCGAGCCGAUGACUAUUCGGCCUUCUUCUCGUUCGGCAUCCUCGGCACCUUGGGUUGGUUUUUGCUCUCGACGACGAGUUUCCUUUCGUUCUGCUUCCUCGUUGUCAACUCGAUCAGUUCCCAAAACUGGCUCGGCACCAAGCUCGGCAACUAUCUCACCAAGUCGACCGGGGUCAGAGUCGUCUUCGAGUCGGCGAUCGUGCCCAAGUGGGGUGUGCUGGGGGGCACCAGCAAGAUCGUGUUCAAGAACGUCUUCGUGUCGAGGGGUACGACCGCAGACCAUUACAAUGCGGCGACGAGGUCCAAGACGUUGGCCAUAAAUGAUUUGGACCGCUCUGGUUCCAAGGACGAGGACGGGGCGCAUGCGCAAUCCGAGCAGGCGAGUUUGGAUGACGAACAGAUGGCCAAGUGGACUCAUUUCCACCUCAGUAUCGAUACCAUCGAAGUGACGCUUAGUCUGAGGAGGUGGUUGGACGGGAAAGGGCUCGUCAAGGACGCCGUCGUUAAAGGAGUUAGGGGCAUCGUCGGUGAGCCAUAGAUGCGGCCUCAGCCUCGUCCUGAUGGGACACUGAUAGCCAAUGUUAUGGGGUUCACAGAUCGAUCGCACAUCAUCUACGAUCCUGGAGCACCACGAGAUCGGUUCGCGUACCGGCACACAGCCCACCCGGGCGAUUUUUGGCUCGAGUCGUUGCAGAUCCAGGACUUUCUCGUGACCAUCUACCAACCCGAUCAAUUUCGACCUUACACGUUCUCCAUUUUCAACGCCGACAUCCGCCGCUUUCGCAAGCAGUGGUUGUUUUACGACCUCAUGUCGGCCGAAUCUGUCGUCGGCCAAGUCGACAACUGCCUCUUCUCAUUGCACACCCCUCAAUCGAUCGGACGCACGUCCGAAAUGGACCUCAAGGAUGCGAGGUGGGGACGCAUGUCGAGGUUCAGGAUCGACGGCGUGCCGAUCGACCACAUGCAGUCCGCGAAGGACACCGGCGUCCUGUCUUGGAUCACCUCGGGCCGGUGCGAUAUCGUCGCCGAUAUACGCUUCCCUAGGGACGGCGAUGAGCUUGACCUGUCGACGCUCAUGGCGGAUCUGGUCGAUGAGAUCGGUGGGAGAUUGCAGAUCGCUACCAAUGGGGGUGAACCUGCCUCUGCGACUUCCACGACCGGCGUCUCCAGCAAGGGCGAUCGCAUCCCUGGUCGAGGUACAUUGACGAGGGAAGCCCUCAGUGCCCCGGAGGAGUGGCAAGUUGAGAAGCGUAAACAAGCCGAACUGAGGAAAGAGGUCCGACGGGCCGAGCGGAAUGCGCGAGUCGUCGCUGAAGCCGAAGCGAUGGAAGAAGAGGACAAAGAAGACACUGAAGUGACGAAGCACGAAUGGAUCGAUCACACGGUCUCGAUCGACCUCGACAUUCGGUUCAAGGACCUUAAGGCCUCGGUCCCUUACUUCACCUCGGACCUAUCCUACGUUAACAACGCCUUGAUCCGACCGAUCGUAGCUUUUAUCAACUCGCACCAUACCCUCGUUCCGAUCCAUUGCCAUAUCGAUCUCGACCUCGACGAAUUCGACGGCUCAUGGACGACCUACGACGUCGGCUUGUUGGACCGCAUGUCCGAACAGACCUAUGCCGCUUUGGCUCAUCACGUCCAGAAUGCGAAUCAGCAGAGGUUGCAGGCCGUCAGUUUGUGGACGUUGCAGAUGACUGCUCAGGGGGUAUUGGCUGCGUUUAGGAACAAUUUGGCUUUCAAUGGUGGAGGAUCGUGA